AUGCCACAGCUGAGUAUGCAUAAGAGUUGCCGGCACUCUUUCUCAUUAAUUCUCUGCUUGGAAUUUGCAUUGAUCAUCAUGAAAUUCAUAAGCUUAACCUUGUUAGCGAUCACAGCUUUCAUUGGAUUAAUCAGUCGCUGCACAUUGGCAAACCCAGAUGGAUUUCUAAGUAUUAAUUGUGGCACUUCAAAAAAUGAAACAAUCGGAAAGAUGGACUGGAUUACAGAUUCCUUGUUCAUAAAAUUCAGAAACACGUCCAUAAUGUCUCCAUUCAGUUCUAACAAUAGGGCCUUUCAAUAUCAGUCCGUGGCCUAUUUUACAAAUCUGGAAGCAAAUAAAUAUUGUUACUUACUGCCCGUGACGCCUCAUAAACAAUACCUGGUAAGGGCUAGGUUCUAUUUUGGAGGGUUUGAAAAUCUGCCUUUAGCAAGCAUCUUCGAUUUGUAUAUCGAGGGAAUCAAGUGGGCAAAAGUCGAUCUGACGAAUCUAUUUAAAAAUCGCACUUACUAUUACGAUAUCAUCCUGGUCCCUAAAGGCGGUAGUCUGAGUUUAUGCCUGGCUAGAAAUUCAGAGACACAAGAAAAUUGCUAUGUUUUCAUUUCAACUAUUGAGUUGAGGCUGCUACAAUUUACAAUGUAUGAUACUUACACUGAUUUCAACUACAGCGCUUUAAAUUUAUUCUCUCGUAUACAUUUUGGGAGCUCUGAAUGGAUAAGGUUCCCCCAGGACCAGUAUGAUCGCCAGUGGCAACCUUUUCAGGUAUGGUCAACAAGAAAUAUCGGCAUGAAUGCCUCCUCUUUUGGGAGCAUGAAAAACCAACCACCUGUAUCAGUAUUAAAGACUGCUAUUUCAUCGCUUGUAGGGGAAGAGUUGUUCGUUUCGAACUGGCGUCUUCUUAACCAGGGCAUUUAUUAUUUUGCUCUUUACUUGUGCAACAUCAAUAAGACAAGUCUUUCAGGAAACAACACAUUUCAGGUCAUCAUUGGGAAUCUUCAAAUAGCAGAAAUAGACGUUCCUGAGUAUAUGUACUGUUUGUCACAAGAAAGUCGUGUAGAGCUUAGCACAACUGAGACUAUAAACAUAAGAAUACGUUCACAAGCAGGAUCCCACAUGAGGCCGUUCAUAAAUGCAGCUGAAGCAUAUCAAAUAUUAAACAUCACCAAUAUGACACACGCCGGAGAUGUAAUCGCUAUAAGAAAAAUAGCAGAUACAGUGAAUGUUCCAGAUGAUUGGACAACAGGAGAUCCAUGUUUACCUGCAGGUUUACCUUUAACCGUUGUUAUGUGCAAUGAGGAAGACCCCCCACGAGUGAUUAUUGUGUAA